AUGGCCAAUGAUGUUGCAGCGGGUAGACUGAAGAUCAUUCUUGGGGUAGACUACGGCACCACGUUCACAGGAGUGAGUUACGUGACCUCGGACAAGACAAGCAUCGAUGAUAUCGACGUUAUCCGGACCUGGCCUGGCGAUGGGCGCCCGGUUGAAGGCAAUUGGAAGACACCCACGGUCAUUGCCUACAACUCGGAGAACCGAGGUGCGUGCCGCAAUCACUGGGGAUAUGAGGUGCGCGCAGGCAUGGUGUCGUGUUCUCGGACGAAGCUGCUGCUGGACAAGUCGGCAGAAACGGCCGAGUUUGACGACCCAUCAUUGCGCGACGCCACUGGCUCGGCGCUGUUCCAUAUCCCUCGAGGCAAAGAUGCGCAGAUCGUGUGCCAGGACUUUCUUACCGAAGUGUACCGUUUCGUGGUCGAUAACCUCAAAAUGCGCAUAACCCCCGCGGUUUUUGAUAUGACACCGAUGGAGUGUUACCUCACGGUACCGGCUAUCUGGACUGACCAGGCGCGGAUAGCGACGUGGGAGGCGGCGAAGGCGGCUGGCUUCGGCUCCCGUUCUUUCGAUGCCAUCCGGAUCGUCGCCGAACCCGAAGCAGCAGCAGUGGCAGCACUAAGGAAAGACCUUCGGCCGGGAUCCACGAAUGCGGCAAAGGUUGGAGAAAAUGUCCUUAUUCUCGACUGUGGAGGGGGAACGGUGGAUAUCAUGACAUAUACGAUUCGAAGAACGUUUCCAUCAAUUGAGUUUGAUGAGCUUUGUGUCGGGAUCGGUGGAAAGUGCGGAUCUACCUAUAUUGAUCGGAACUUUAUCUCGCUGAUGACCAGAAGAUUCGAGUCGUCUUUCGAAAAUGUCCCGUCUAGGCGGAGAGGUCCUGGAAGCGAGUUCAUGGCAUCGUUUGAGAAGGCAAAGCAGAGCUUUGGCAGCUCUGAAAACGAUUCGUAUGACAUUCAUCCUAUCAGCAUGCAGGGCGAGUUGGACCCGGAGCACUACGAUCAGGAUGAGGCAGCUGUUAUCCUAACGAAACAAGACAUGGAGGGGAUCUCUGACCCCGUCGUCCAGGAUAUCCUUCGUCUCCUCGGUCACCAGGUUGAGCACAUUUCGCGCACCAAGGGCAAGCGAAUCAAUACGAUAGUCCUGGUUGGUGGCUUUGGAAACUCGGACUACCUUAAGCGGAAACUGGACGCCUGGUGCGCCUCCAACGACGGAAUCAAAUGCAUCCGUCCAACCUUCUGGGGUCUUGAGGGAGCGAUGCCGCACAUGGUCAUCUGCCGUCGCCAUUAUGGUUUCCGUUGCGAUCUGCUCUUUCGGCCGGGUAUUGACAGUGAGGAACAUGCCUACAUUGACUGGGGUAAAACAUAUUGUCGUGGCCGUGUGGACUGGCUGAUACGGAAGGGCGCAGAACUUUCCGAUUCGACUACUCUGUACUCUUGCAACCUUGACUUAGCGCCUGAACGUUUCGACGACCCUGGAAUGGAGCACAUCGGCACUAUUACUGUGGAUUUUACGAAUGUCGACAUGACCAGGUUCGAGAAGAGGACGGUGCGGGGUCGCAUUGAAUACAAGCUCGAUUACGAAGUCGGCGUAGAUUUUAGAGCUGAAGAAGGCGUUUUGCGCUGCUUUUGUCUGGCCGAUGGCAAGACCAUUGGCGUCACGACGAUCAGUUUCACGGAUCUCACCGGAUAG